AUGUCAGAAGGCCGCCCCGCGCUCAAACUCACCUUCGGCAAGAAGAAGGCGCCGGAGGAGGCCGCUCAACCCGCGACGCCUUCAACAGCGGCCGCGCCCUCUACGCCUGCUCCUGCUCCCUCCACGGCCGCCUCCGAUACCCCUCAGCGCAAGCUCACUCUGAAGAUCGCUCGAAAGCCAGCAGAAGGCGCCGAGGAGGAAAAGCCCAAGAAGAAGAAACCGUCCAAGAAGCGACCCGCCGAGGGUCCCGCCGUGAAAGAAGCACAGCAACAGGCCGGUCCCAAGCGACUGAAACUGACCGCCUCGAAGAAGCCGGGCGUGCAAUCGAUUCGGAUCAAGCACAAGAGCCUGAAGCCGACGAGGCCGGUGGGGGUUGGCUACGACUCCGAAGCCUCGGACGGUGAAACCGAUCCCGCCAUCGAAGAACAGUUCAUCCUGCGCAUGCCCCCCGGCGAUGAUUGCGACUAUCUGCAGAAAUUGAUCAAGGAACAAGGGUUUAAUAAGUCGGAUUUUUCUUUCAAGCCGCUCACUCGCGAUGGCCGACGGGCGGUCAUCAAGGUUCGCGAUCAACAAUAUGCGGCGUCCCUGGUGGACCUGCCGUCCAUCGUGGAGGGUAUGAAAAGUUGGGAUCGUCGGGGAUGGUACAAGUCGGCCGAUAUAUGUCAGAUGCUGCUCGUCCUGGGUCCUAUCGCCAACGAUGCCGAAGCCAUGGAUUAUCCGCUGCCCAGCGAGAUCGAACACGUCGAAGGCAAGAACCUGCAGUAUCCCCACGGGUUGACACCGCCCUUGCGGUGGGUGCGGAAGCGCCGAUUCCGUGAGCGCACCAGCACCCGAACCAUCGAGCAGGUCGAAAAGGAGGUCGAAGACCUGAUCGCUCUGGACGAUGCCUCUGCCUCGGCGGUCCGUUACGAAUUGAUCGACAGCGCGUCUCUCAACCGUGCCGAGGGACUGGUGCAGACCGGAGACUACGAUGACUACGACGAAUACGACGACGAGCAGGAUGCCGAAGGAGAACUAGAAGAGGCGAUGGAGGCGGCGCCGCCUUCGUUCGAGGAUCUGGAGGAUACCCUCGUGGCGGAGAUGGAGGCUGCUCUGGCCGCCGGCGCUGAUGGCGAAACCGCCGUAGCAGCAGCAGCCGAAGCCGUGGCGCCUGGCAGCGACGGGGGUGUUUACCAGGCUGGUACUCCUAUGGCGACCAAACCGUCGACCCCGGCGGCCGAAUCUUCUGAAGACGACAGCGAUGUGUCUGACGGCGAGGAGGCCGACGUGCCGGAGGAUGAAAUGGACGAGGAGCAACUGGAACGACAGCGACAGAUGCAACAACAGCGCGAGGAAAUCACCGAGUUGGAGACUAUGAUCCGCACCGAGACGGCGAAAUGGGAAAAGACGCAGAACCACAUCCUGAGAGGGAAGCUAGCCAAGCGUAUCCAGGACUUGAAGCGGGACUUGUCUUUGAAGAAGGUCUCGGUGGGCGAUGGCGACGAUGGCGACGAUUGA